GCAGCGGGGUCCGAGCCGGCGCGCUCUCGCCUCUCUCUCUCUCCCCCGCCCUCGCUCAGGCCUGCCAGCCAGCCCGGCUCGGGCUGGGGGGCGCCCAGCUCGGACGCGCGGCGCGGGACCAUGUCGGACCAGGAGGAGCGGGCCAAGGAGAUCCUGAGGGGAUUCAAGCUAAAUUGGAUGAAUCUUCGGGAUGCAGAAACAGGGAAAAUUCUGUGGCAAGGAACAGAAGACCUCUCCGUCCCUGGAGUAGAACAUGAAGCUCGAGUCCCUAAGAAAAUCCUGAAAUGUAAAGCCGUCUCUCGGGAGCUAAACUUCUCCUCGACAGAACAGAUGGAGAAAUUCCGUCUGGAACAGAAAGUGUAUUUUAAAGGACAGUGUCUAGAAGAAUGGUUCUUCGAGUUUGGCUUUGUGAUCCCCAACUCCACAAACACCUGGCAGUCCUUGAUAGAGGCUGCCCCAGAGUCUCAGAUGAUGCCCGCUAAUGUUCUAACUGGGAACGUUAUCAUAGAAACCAAGUUUUAUGACGACGACCUCCUCGUAAGCACUUCUAGAGUAAGACUCUUCUACGUUUGAGGGGAGACCUGCUUUAGUCCCCCCUCCUCCUCCAUCCGGUUCCUGUUGCAGCAGAGAAUCCCCACCCCAUCCAAACGCAUCCAGUGGAAGACUGUUCCUUUAGGCGGUGACCCCAGGGCCCGGUUUCAUGAGACUUUUGCCCGUCCUCUGUUCUCCUUCUCCUUCCGACCAGAGCGACGUAGCUGAGCCGUUCGCUGUGCCACCAUCUGCUCAGAGUUUUAUUGGGGGAAGGGUUGAAGAUCAAGUCUCCAAAACAAGGGCAAGCACGUGGUUAUGAAGGAUCAAGACUGUAAAUUAUGUUUAGAUUUUUUUUAAAAAAUCCUUUAUAUGUCUCUGGAUCUUAGUAGCCAGGCCCCUCUCUUUUUUGGCAGGCUUUGUUUUCUUGAUUUUUCCUGUUUUAAGUUAACUCUCUUGUACUUACUCAUGACUCGUCCUCCUCCUCCCUCUUUUGUAAAAAGAAAAAGAAAUUCGUUUCAUCGCAUUUCUGAUUUCUCUGUAACUGAUCCAAAUGUCAAUCCCCCACCCCUUAAACUUGUAAAAUAGACUGAUAUUAUUACAUAAUGUAAUUUAAAAUAAAUUUCUGAAUUAAAAAAACAAAAUGUUCCUACUG